AGCUGGCUCGGGUGUUCUCUCACACAGCUUCCAAGAUGCUCAAUGCCAGCAAGGGAGGGGUGACCCACUUGUUUUUAAAUAUUUUGUACAUGAGAUUUCUCCCAGUAUUCUGGAUUUCCUCCAAGAGUCCUAUUUAGAGAUUUGUUAAUGUUUGCCAGCCAGCCAGUUUCCACCAGUACAGAUGUGCUGGGUGGGACUUACUUGUGGCUUGUUGCUUCCUAAGAGACAGGAGUAUAGCAUUGUCUGUGAGAGCGAGCGAGGGAUGCAGAGUAAGGCAAGCUACGGGAUUUCUUCAUUUUGGCCUUGCUUGGCGAAGGUAUGCGCACUUCCGAGGUUCAUAGAGUUUUGUGGUCUUUGGGCAGAACUGAGAAGUACGUGUGUUUAAUGCUGCUGAGUCAGCAAUGGAAGCUUUUAAGUAAAUUAACGCCCAAUCCACCUGGCUCGGACAGGACUGAGCCUACAACAGCUCCCAAACUGGAAAACACAAAAUCCAAAGAGAAACAGGAAAGGCAGUGAAGAAGUGUACAUGAGGAGACAGUCUGUGUGAGGUCAGAGGGAUGGCUCUGUGUGUGUGUGUGUGGGUUGGCCACGGAUGGGGGUGUAAGAAGUUGCCCUCUGUUCGCCUGCCUGCUUACACUUAAAGGGAGAUUAAGGCGGAAUUGUGAGGACGUGGGGGCAUCUGGAGGAGGAGGAGGAGGAAGUUAACUGGAGUGCUUGGAGGGGAAGAAGAGAGCCAGCACGGAGGUCGGGGAAAGGUUUUUUUUUGGAGGGGAGGCCUGCAAUGCCCGCGGCCUGCCACCAGGGGAAGACCGAGAGCAGCGUGUGGGCAGGCGAGAGGGGCGGGGCUUGGAAGGACGAGGGGAGGAGUCCGGUUGCUCCUCCCGCUGUCGCCAUGGAGACGGGCCCCGCGGCCUGACCGGCGAAGAAGAGCCUUUGGUCCAGCUGGGCCCGUUUUGAGGAAGAGGCCCCUCCGCACCCUCCCGUUGCCGGGCAUGAGGCGGGUGCGAGGCCGCCCGGAGCUGCCGCUGAGCUGGGAAGGAGAAGGUGAGAAGAAAGGGACCGGACCCGACGGGGUGGAGAGAAAGGUGCUGUGGGCCUUAUGAGAACACUUUAAGAGCUGCCUGGUUGGACUGAGGAGGCCUGCACUGUGAAACUGAGGCCACCAUCUUGAGGCUGGGUCAAGGGUUGUUUUCUUAUUCUGCUUCUGACAGAUGAACAUCUGCAAUAAACCACCUAAUAAGACAGCACCCGAGAAGAGUAAUGAAGCGACUCUUGAGGUCCAGUCCCAGCAUCCCCGGAGAAACGGCUGGAGCUGGCCUCCUCAUCCAUUCCAGUUUGUUGCCUGGCUGUUAUACCUCUUCUUUGCCCUGGUCGGCUUUGGUGUCCUUGUGCCACUCUUGCCUGUUCACUGGAUCCCUGCUGGGUAUAUUUGUCCUGGCGUGUUCUUUCUCUGCCACCUCAUAGUUCAUCUCACAGCAGUCUCCAUUGAUCCAGCUGAUGACAGUGUGCGUGUGAAGAAUUACCAGGGGCCGCCCGCUGCCUUCAGUCGUAGCCACCACGCUCACGUUAUCGAGAACCGCCACUGUCACAUCUGUGAGGUCAACGUGAGCUCCAGAUCAAAGCACUGUGGGACCUGCAACAAGUGUGUGUGUGGAUUUGAUCACCACUGCAUGUGGCUUAACAACUGUGUGGGGGAGAGGAAUUACUGGCUGUUCCUGAACAGCGUGAUCUCUGCCAUUGUGGGCCUUCUCCUAAUCCUGCUCAUAGCUUUCUAUGUCUUUGUGGAGUUCUUCCUCAAUCCCAUGAGGCUGCGCACUGACCAGCACUUUGAAGGUCUAAAGAACCAGACAGAUGUGUGGUUUGUGUUCCUUCCCGCUGCUCCGAUUGAGACGCAGGCAGCUGCCAUCUUGGCUUUAGCUGGCGUGGUAAUCCUGCUCGGUCUGCUGACGUUGUUCCUGCUGAGUCACCUGCUGAUCUUCCACAUUUAUCUGAUGUGGCACCGAAUGACAACCUAUGAAUAUAUUGUACAGCAGCGUCCCCCUCAGGAGAUGAAGGAGUCUGACAAGCAGGUGGAAUCAUGUCCUCCCAAAGUGAAGUCUCAGGAAAUGCAGUUUUAUGCUGGUAGUCUUGGAUAUACCAAUCCAGAAAUUCAGGUGGAGGACCCUUCAGGCUUAGCAUCGGGGAAAGACCUCACCAAAUUCUGCAUCCGCGGCGAAGGCACCGACUCCAAGCUCAUUCUGUCCCCUGAACUCUCAGAGGUGCAGACCGGAGCCCCGCCACAGAAGAAGAAGAAAAAGAAGAAGAAGAAGAAGAAGUUGCAUAAGGUUCCCUCUUCUGUGGCAGAGGAAGGGUCCAAGGAAACUCCUGCCCCCUGGUCCUCGCUUCCAGGUCUGCAGCCAGAAUUGCCAGCCGUGGCUGCCGCUUCCUCAACCUCCUCGUCCUCCAGCCUCCGCCUCCCCAUACCAGCUUUCCCUCCCAAAGCCCUCGCGCCCACCAACAGCAGCAGCCCGAUCCAGGCCGCGGGGCCGCCCGCCGACUACCAUUCGGAGUCGGCGGAGUCCAUGGAGGAGAUUCCCGUGGCUCAGACGCGGCUGGGCAGCAGCGCCCCAAGUGGAGCUUCUAAGAGCAGCACUCGGCAUCUUCCUUUCCCCGCCGCGGCAGGGAGAAAGCACCAGAACGCUGGGCACAAAGCGGACCAAAAGAGCAGCCCGUCGGCUGCGGAGCCGUGGGAGGAGGAGCUGGAACUGUCGCCCAAGAUCCCCGCUGUGUUUGUGAGCCAAAGCAGCGGGGAGCCCCCCGUCCCCAACUCCUGGUCCGGCAAAACACCCCUGGAGCCUCCUCACAGAAAGUGCUCCAGCAAGCGGCACACGGACCACCCGGACUGCUACACGUGGGACUCGAGCACCGGUUCAACUGCAGCCUAGAGACCUGGUGCCCUAAAGUCAUAACAGCCCAGGGAGAAGCAGGGCGUGGGGUGUGCGCGCGCUACGAAUAUAUUGGUUGAAGGAUUUGA